UUAUAAAUCCUUUCGUUUUUAUCAUAUAAAUCUUCAAAACCCCAAACUCAAAAAUCACUCUAAUUUUAAAGAAUACUACACUGAAAAGGGAUGAUCUUGAAAGCUUCUUUUUUCAUCAUCUUCUUCACUCUUUUUCUUCACUGGGAAACCUCGGAAACUAAAUCUCAAGGUGAAAUUGGACAAGCCAGCUUACCACCAAGAGGUUGGAAUUCCUAUGACUCGUUUUGUUGGACAAUCUCUGAGGAAGAGUUUCUUAAGAAUGCAGAACUUGUAGCACUGCGACUAAAAGCUCAUGGUUAUCAGUAUGUUGUGGUGGACUUUCUUUGGUAUAGGAAGAAAAUAGAAGGUGCUUAUACCGAUUCGUAUGGUUAUGACGUCAUUGAUAAGUGGGGAAGGAUGCUUCCUGACCCUGGUAGAUGGCCUUCCUCUCGAGGUGGAAAAGGAUUUUCUGAAGUGGCCCAAAAAGUUCAUAGCAUGGGCCUGAAAUUUGGGAUUCAUGUCAUGAGAGGUUUAAGUAAACAAGCAUUUAAUGCUAACACCCUCAUACUGGAUACCGCUACGGGCAAAGCUUAUGAAGAGGCUGGUCGACAAUGGCGUGCACAAGAUAUAGGAAUUAAGGAGAGGGCUUGUGCGUGGAUGACAAAUGGUUUCAUGAGUGUGAAUACCAAGUUGGGAGCUGGAAGAGCAUUUCUUAGGUCACUUUAUCAACAAUACGCUGACUGGGGUGUUGAUUUUGUGAAGCAUGACUGUGUAUUCGGCGAUGACUUGGAUUUAGAUGAGAUAACUGUUGUUUCAGAGGUAUUGAACGGACUUAAACGGCCUAUCGUAUAUUCCUUGUCCCCGGGAACUAAUGCAAAACCAACCAUGGCAAAGGAUAUAAGUGGUUUGGUCAACAUGUAUCGUGUAACCGGUGAUGACUGGGAUGAUUGGAAUGAUGUGUCUGCGCACUUCAAUGUUGCUAGGGACUUUUCUGCUGCUAACUUAGUAGGAGUCAAGGGCCUGAAGGGGAAGUCGUGGCCGGACUUAGAUAUGCUACCACUUGGAUGGCUAACAGACGCAGGUUCAAAUCUUGGUCCACACAGAAAUUGCAGGCUUAAUCUGGAUGAGCAACGGACUCAGGUGACUCUAUGGUCGAUGGUCAGGUCCCCUUUCAUCUUUGGUGGAGAUAUGAGAAGGCUUGAUGAUACUACAUUCAAUCUUCUUACAAAUCCUACUCUGUUGGAGAUUAACUGGUUUAGCUCAAACAACAUGGAGUUUCGUUAUGUAACAGGUUCAUUAAGUUCACCUGGAAAGCAUGGUUUGACCCACAAUUCCAAGAAUGAAGGAAAGACGAGUGUGCUGGAGACGAGAGUUUUGGUUCUCAGGAGCUGCAAAGAUGUGAAGGCAAAUGGAUGGUCCACUAAAGUUCUUGACAAUGAUGUAGCGCAAGUGUGCUGGGAAGAGAGCUCAAAUAAUCGCACCUCACCUUUUUGUCUAUACAAGAGAAAAGCAGCUUCAGCAUCAGAGGGGGUGAUGGUAUAUAACCACCAAAGUCACGGAAAGCUUCACUUAUUGGUAACAGAGAGAACAGAACUUUGUUUUAGUGCAUCUUCAAAUAGAAAGCUUACAUCCAAGGAGUCGAGCAGAGGUUCAUUUUCACGAUGCAGAUCCCAUGCCAACCAGAUGUGGGAGUUGAACAACAAUGGAACACUCAAGAAUAGUUAUUCUGGUCUUUGUGCUUCCUUGGAUAUUGUCAAAGCUUCGUCUGGUGGAGUUAGGUCCUGGCUUGCAACUGGAAGGAGAGGAGAAAUCUACUUGGCUUUCUUCAAUUUGAACAACCAGGUGACGGAUAUGUCAGCAAAGAUAUCAGACAUAGCCAAGGCAAUUCCUGCUAGAAGAAGAAGUUCAAAUGUUACGACGUGCACAGCCAGAGAAGUAUGGAGUGCCACAAAUCUUGGAGCCAUAAAGGAUUCAGUAUCUAUGUCAGUAAAAGCUCACGGUUGUGCGCUCUUCGUCUUGCACUGCAACUAAUCCACCUCUGCAUCAAGUCCACGCUGUAUCCAUCUACUUCUGUUGGAUGUUACUGAUAUGGAAUAUUACUAUCCUUGUGUCUAUUUCUUUUUGUGUAUCAUUAUCAUUAGAAGUAUGGCGAGGGGACGGAGCAGUCUUUUCGUUCGGGUCAUCUCUAAGUCCUCGUCGGGAGGGUCAUACAAUCAACCCACCUGUCUCAGAGUGGCGCCAAGAUUCCCAAGUUGUCUCAUCACAUCCACUUUUGGAGCCCUCUGCCUUUGAGUAAUAGACAGAUUUUCUCGUAUAUAAAGAAAGAGAUUAUUGAAGGUAGUA